CUGGAGUGCCCGGGAGUCGCGUGCCGGAGCCGCGCGGCCGCGAACUGACUGACAGACCGACACGCACCUCCGCGCGCCACGCACGGGAGCCGGGCGGGUGGCCGCGGCCGCCGCGGCGCUGAGCGGACUCACCCGUCGCUGAGGUCCCCGCUUGCAAGCUGCAGGGCGGCGGCCCGGGGAGCGGCGACAGGGACGCAGCGCCAAGGGCCGGCUGCGUUGGAGCCUCGCGGCCACCGGCCACCGCGACGCCGAGCAAGAUGUUCGUCAAAUCCGAGAGCCUGGAGUUCAAGGAGGAGGAGGACAUGCUGGUGCUGAUGGGCUCGGCCUCCCCGGCCUCGGCGACCCUCACCCCUCUGUCGUCCAGCGCCGACGAGGAGGACGAGGAGGAGCUGGGCGCGGCGGGCGGAGCUCGGCGGCCGCGCGGGCCGGACGCUGGAGCCGGAGCCGGGGCCGCGGCCGGGGUCGGCGCGGGGGUCGGGGUCGGGGGCGGCCCGGCGUCGGGGCCCGCGCGGCUGCUGGGGCUGGUGCACGAGUGCAAGCGGCGUCCGGCGCGGGCGCGGGCGGCGGCGCGCGGGGCCAAGACGGCCGAGACGGUGCAGCGCAUCAAGAAGAGCCGGCGGCUGAAGGCCAACAACCGCGAGCGCAACCGCAUGCACAACCUGAACGCGGCGCUGGACGCGCUGCGCGAGGUGCUGCCCACCUUCCCCGAGGACGCCAAGCUCACCAAGAUCGAGACGCUGCGCUUCGCGCACAACUACAUCUGGGCGCUCACCGAGACGCUGCGCCUGGCCGACCACUGCGGCGGCGGCCUGCCGGGGGCGCUCUUCUCCGAGGCCGUGCUGCUGAGCUCGGCCGCCGCCAGCGCCGGCGACAGCCCGUCCCCCGCCUCCACGUGGAGCUGCUCCGACAGCCCCGCGCCCUCCUCCGCAGCCUCCUCCACCUCCCCCUACAGCUGCGCGCUCUCGCCCGCCAGCCCCGCGGGCUCCGACCUGGACUACUGGCCGCCCCCGCCGCCCGACAAGCCCCGCCACGCGCCUCCCCUGCCCCUCGUGAGGGACUGUAUCUAGAAGUGCGCGCAUCCCCUUCCCUGCCCCCGUCCCCCCAGGACCGAGCCCUCCCCGCCGCCCCCCUCUCCUGCCCCGCCUUGGCUCGGGAGAGCGGCGCGCCCAGCAGAUGCGCGGUUCCCAGUCCUCGGUGCACCGCGUGGGCCCAAGGGCCGCUUCCUGCCUCCAGCCCGGCUCUGCGGCACGGCAAGUGCCGAUGGCUUGUUGUCCAAGAGGAUGGUGGCGUCUGGGGGCGCUUCUUAAGAGUUCAAAAGAUGCUGGGAAGGGACGAAGUGGGACCAGUGAAUUGACCGACGCCCCUUCACCCCCAUCCUCCCUCCCUCCUCCCCCCGGACUCGGCGCAGUGCGUGUGAAUCUCCCAGGGGGAUUGCAACUGGUUCCUGUGAUCUCUUCACCUUGGCGGUCCACAUAGAGAUGUUAAUGUCGAGUAGAAAGAAAUGUGUCUUAGCAUCUGAAUGAUUUUACCGGUAAUAAUGUUAUCCACAGAUUUGUAAUGCUGGCAUCUGCUUUCUUCCCAUUGCUUUCGGCGGGCUGUGGGAAUUUCACCUGUCAAACCAAACCCUCCUCCUCUGAUGAGCACUUUGUCCCGCUUCCCAGAUUCGUCACAAUGCCCAUUGUCCCGUCCUUCGCUCCCCUUUUUUCUUCUCCAUUUUGCCAUCUGUCUCUUAUGAUUUAUAAGGGGGGAAAGAAGUUGUUUUGUUAGAGGGCCAGGUUAGAAGUCAUUGUAUAAUUUGUAGGCUUUGUAAUGACUGAAUGCAAGUGUGGAAAUUUAGGCUGAACUCUAUCAAAAGGAAAACUGUGGAGGAAGAGGGAAAAAUCGAGAGGGAGGACUGCCUCAUGCAUUAUUUAUCUCGACCUUCUGGGGGAGAAGG